GGGUGGGGCUUCAGUCUCCGGCGGAGGCUUGUCGCCUGACCGGAUGAUGACAGAACAGAAGUUUUUACUGAAGCAGUGUCCGUUUUUAUCUGGCGCUAACCCGUUUAAUAAUCCGGACAGUUUACCCAGAACUAUCUGGACUUUUUGAAACCUUUGCCGUCUUGUAUUGGGAGGAAAUAAACUCAAUUAAGCGGUGACAAAAUCUUGUUCCAUCUGCGAACUUUUUUCUUGUUUUUACUGGACGGUAGUUUUUCUACUGGUUCCGCAAGGGGGUCCAGGAGAAAGACCCCAGGGCUCUCUGAAGACGUGCCGCCAUGGGAAACCGGGGGAUGGAGGACCUAAUUCCCCUCAUCAACAAGCUCCAGGACGCCUUCAGCUCCAUCGGCCAGAGCUGCAACCUGGACCUGCCUCAGAUAGCGGUGGUCGGCGGUCAGAGCGCUGGGAAGAGUUCGGUGUUGGAGAAUUUCGUUGGAAGGGACUUUCUGCCCCGAGGAUCUGGCAUCGUCACCCGUCGUCCUCUCAUUCUUCAGCUGGUUAACAGUAAAGCAGGUUACAUCGGGGUGGUGAACCGCAGUCAAAAGGACAUUGAUGGAAAGAAGGACAUCUGUGCUGCUCUGGCUGCUGAGAGGAAGUUUUUCCUGUCCCAUCCUGCGUACAGACAUUUGGCAGAGCGGAUGGGAACUCCUCACCUACAAAAAACCCUCAAUCAGCAACUCACCAAUCACAUCCGCGACACAUUGCCAGGGUUACGCAGCAAGCUGCAAAGCCAGCUGUUGUCACUGGAGAAAGAAGUGGAGGAGUUCAAGAACUUCCGUCCCGACGACCCUGCGCGCAAAACCAAGGCCUUGCUUCAGAUGGUGCAGCAGUUUGGGGUGGACUUUGAGAAGUGCAUCGAAGGGUCCGGAGAUCAGGUGGAUACCUCCAACCUGUCUGGGGGAGCCAAAAUCAAUCGGAUCUUUCAUGAACGUUUUCCCUUUGAGCUGGUGAAGGACAGGCCUGUUCACCCCAGACCUGGCGUUUGAAGCCAUAGUGAAAAAGCAGAUCAUUAAGCUGAAAGAGCCCUGUCUGAAAUGCAUCGACAUGGUCAUCCAGGAGCUCAUCAACACAGUCAGACAGGGCACUAAUAAGCUGGGCUCGUACCCUCGACUGAGAGAAGAGACGGAGAGAAUUGUGACCACCCACAUCAGAGAGAGAGACAGCAAGACUAAAGACCAGGUGCUGUUAUUGAUUGACAUUGAGCUUUCCUACAUCAACACUAACCAUGAAGACUUCAUUGGGUUUGCCAAUGCUCAGCAGAGGACCGCUGCCAACGCCACCAAGAAAAGAGUCAUGCCCAAUCAGGUGAUCCGCCGAGGCUGGCUCACGAUCAACAUCAGCAUCAUGAAGGGAGGAUCGAAGGAUUACUGGUUUGUCCUGACUGCUGAGUCGCUGUCCUGGUACAAAGACGAGGAGGAAAAAGAGAAGAAGUACAUGCUGCCUCUUGACAACCUGAAGCUGAGAGAUGUGGAAAAAGGUUUCAUGUCCAGCAAACACGUCUUUGCCAUCUUCAACACAGAACAGAGGAACGUGUACAAAGACCUGCGUCAGAUUGAACUGGCCUGUGACACUCAGGAGGAYGUUGACAGCUGGAAGGCCUCCUUCCUCAGAGCUGGGGUUUACCCAGAGAAAGACCAGCCUGAAAACGAGGAUGCCGUGAGUUCUGGCGACACGGUCUCCAUGGAUCCACAGCUGGAACGGCAGGUGGAGACCAUCCGCAACCUCGUGGACUCGUACAUCGGCAUCGUCAACAAGUCCAUCAGGGACCUGAUGCCCAAGACCAUCAUGCACCUCAUGAUCAACAAUACAAAGGACUUCAUCCACUCCGAGCUGCUGGCCUACCUGUACUCAGCCGGAGACCAGGGCAGUUUGAUGGAGGAGUCAGCGGAGCAGGCUCAGAGGAGAGACGAGAUGCUGAAGAUGUACCACGCUCUGAAGGAGGCCCUCGUCAUCAUUGGGGACAUCAGCACCACCACCAUUUCUACUCCCGUCCCCCCACCUGUAGAUGACACCUGGAUUGCCAAAGACCCGAGCCCUCCCCCGGCCUCCCGUCCAGCCACAUCUACUGCAGCCCCUCCCAACAGACCACCAGCUGUGAGGGGACCCAACCCAGGUCCACCUCCACCUCUCAAUCCCUCUCCAGCGUUUGGAGCUCCACCCGUCCCCUCCCGGCCGGGCUACGCUGGUGAGACCAACUCGUCAGUGCCUCUUGUUCCGUCAAGGCCAGCCCGUGUGCCUCCAGCUCUGCCACCAGGAAUUCCCAGAAGACCCCCGGCUGCACCCAACAGACCCACCAUCAUCCGUCCCUCAGAGCC